AUGGAUUUGACCGUUGCUGCGAAACAACUUUUCACAUCGCAGCCAAUGAUGUUAGAGUGCAGUGUGCCGCUCAACGUUUGUGGAGACAUUCAUGGUCAACUUAGCGACCUUGUUCGGCUUUUUGAUAUGGUGGGAUGGCCGCCAACUGUGAACUACCUAUUUCUCGGAGACUACAUCGAUCGUGGUCGAUGGAGCAUAGAGACGAUCAUGCUGCUGCUCUUGAUAAAGCUGAAAUAUCCUGAUAAUUUCCUACUACUACGUGGAAACCAUGAAACGGUAAUUGUCAAUAGGAUAUAUGGCUUUUAUGAAGACCUUAUUCGACGUUUUGCAACUCCACGUUUGUUCAAUUCCUUUCAGGAUGUUUUUGCAAUGAUGCCAUUGUCUGCAUUAAUUUCCAACCGUAUUUUAUGCAUGCAUGGAGGAUUGUCUCCACAGCUUUUGAGCGCCGACUCAAUCGAAAUUCUUAAUAAAAUUGUUCGCCCCAUAGCAGUAAGUUGA